AUGUAUGCAAAUGCGCUUUCUGAGCUGGCAUUAAAGAAACACCUGGCACCAAUAAAGUCCUUCUGCAGCACAACAAAAGGACAGACCGUGGUCUCGGAACGCAGGGGGUCAGUGGUCACCAUCGCCCUUAACCGUCCCGAGGCGCGUAACGCCGUGAACCAGGAGACUGCAAGGCAUCUGCUGGAGGAGCUGGAGGCCUUCGAGCGUGAGCCGGACUUGAAUGUAGCUGUCCUGCACGGCAUAGGAGGUAAUUUCUGCGCUGGUUACGAUCUGAAAGAACUAGCCAAUCGCACAGCCUCACUCAAAUUGGAGCGAGAUGUCACCAAGGGUUCCGCUCCAAUGGGUCCCUCCCGUUUGCAGUUGUCCAAGCCCCUGAUAGCAGCGGUCAGCGGAUUUGCCGUGGCCGGAGGAUUGGAACUGGCCCUGCUGGCUGACCUACGAGUUGUAGAGAAGAGUGCCAUCAUGGGCGUGUUCUGCCGCAGGUUUGGAGUUCCGCUCAUUGAUGGUGGGACCGUGAGACUCCCACGACUCAUUGGUCUUUCCAGAGCCCUGGACAUGAUUUUGACCGGGCGGCCCAUCGGCGCACAGGAAGCCCUUGCGUAUGGGCUGGCGAACCGAGUUGUCCCGGAUGGGGAAGGAUUACAGGCCGCCCUGCAGAUAGCCGAACAGAUCAGCUCAUUUCCUCAAGAGUGCAUGAGGGUCGAUCGCUCGUCGGCCAUCUACAGCUGCUACGAGGCAUCCUCCUUUACACAGGCCAUGCAGUAUGAGACUGACCAUGGAGAAGCAGUCAUCUUGUCCGAAGCUGUCGCUGGGGCAACUAAAUUCACGACUGGAACUGGACGAGGGGGGAAAUUUCCUUGA